AUGUCAGACACAGAGACUCCCGAGCAGUCAGGUUCCACGCCGACGCCUCAGCCGACGCCCAAGGCCAAGGGCAGAGGUAGGGGCCGUGGCAGGAAACCCGCCGCUCCUAAGAAGGAGGUCCCCAAACCCGCGCCCACGGCCGGCACUGGGCGACGCGGCAGGUUCAAGACCUUCAGCGACGACAAAGUCCAGGCCGCCUACGAGCGUCAACGCGAGCUCAAGGCUCAUUAUGCCAAUCUCGCCAAUGCCAUGAAGCCUGCGCUGCAAGACUUGGUCACGCGGUCUGUUAAGAGACUGACCCGUGACGACGACUACUAUCAGUCAGUGCCAGAGUUUGAAGUGGUCAGAAACCACCUCGAGGAGCGCCUCGCCUCCAGGGUGAGCGUCGCCGAGAGGAAACUCGCCAUCGAUCAGAAGAUGGUCAUCGGCGCCAAAGAGAUGCAGCGCCUCGCCGUGCAAGAGAUUUUCGAGAACGGACUUGAAGACCUCGAAGACAGAUUUUUGAAUGCCCAGAUCCAUCGCCUCGACAUUCUGGAGUAUCUUCACGAUCACGGCCUGCCGAUUGACCUCGUCGAUGGCGGCUGGAAUUACAAACCCAUCACCGACAAGGAAGCCUCAGAGUUUGGCGUCUACGAAGUCUACGUCGACGGCCAUCUCGUCCCUUACCCUCAGCUCAUCGAGGGAACAGAGGCAUACGCCCUUCGCCAGGCUGCUUGGGCCGAGCCUCAAAACAAAGAGCCCGCGGCAGCGCCCACCGCCGCCGCACCACGGACCAAGCGCAAGGCCAGGGAUCAGCCCGAUGGCCAGCCCGCCUCCAAGCGUACCGCCGGUGAUGUCGCGCCUGCUAACCACAUUGCGGGCAUCAUGUCGGCACAGCACGCUCAUGUCGAGGACGAGUCUAAUGAGAGCACGCCGGCUCCUGAGGGUCCGGUUGCCGCUGACCAAAGGGAACCUCCACUUCCUGCAAAGGCGUCAGAGCCGGAUGAGUACGGCUGCAGACAGGUCAACCGCCCAGCUGCCAAGAACGGUGCCAUGAUCGCCAACCGCAUUAUCGUGCCGCCUGCCUUCCAGUUCGACGACGACGAAAUUGGUUAUCGCGACUCAACAAAUUCCGCAAAGCAUGGUGCCACUGUCGCCAAGCGCGGCAAGUACUUUGCCAAACCCAACUCUAACACCUGGCAUUACGAUCCUCUUCUUGCUCGCUGGGAUGCUCGCCUCGUUGAAGACGAUGACAUGGAUAAGGAACUUGUCGAGAAACAUGGCGUUCAUCCCCGCUAUGGCUACUUCCUGCCCACCAGCAAGAACGAGGCCGAACCUCCCAAGCCGGAGGCAGAGGCCAUGCAACCCACUGUCUAUCUCACGCCCUCUGGCCUCACCAUUCACGCUUCUCGCUAUGUGCCCGCUGCCAAGGUUGAGUUUGCCAUUGAGGACAAGCCUUUCCAGGACCGCAUGGGCAGUUUACUCUCUGCUGUCUGCGACGAGUACGACAUCUCGGAGGAAGACAUCGAAGGAGAGGAGCUUAAGCAGCUCAAGGAGAUUUCGGCAGAAUACGCCGAGGAAAGAGCACUUGCCGAGUCGAUCAAGGAGUCCGAGAGCGUCGAGGAGACACCUGCUGGCUCGCCUCUCCCCUGCAACGAUUCUUCUCUCAACAUCGCUGGUCUCGACGACCUCGUUAGCGCUGCCGAAGCUGUUGAGAAAGAGGAGGCUGAUGCCCAAAUUGUCGAGGAGAUGCCACCCGUUGUCCAGCCACCCACGCCGGCCAGAACUACUACUCGCGCCUACGAUGCAAUUAGGGAUAUCUUUGGCAAUUCUGAGCCGGCCACGGAGUCUACGACGCCCGUCAUCCCCAGCGCGUCACUCGACACAUCUGCACUCAUGGCUCUCGCCGACGCUUCGACUGGUGAAUUACCCCCUCAACGCGUCGACGUCGUUAUGGAUGAUGCAAUUCCGAUGCACGAUGAUAUUCCUCCUCAUCAUAUGGAGCCCACCUACUCAAUGCAACCAGUGCAUGAUUCUCGGAUGCCGAUCCCCCCUCCGAGCAAUUCCUGGGUUGAACCUCGUCUUGCCUCCCCAGGCCCCGACAGUCACAUUCAUCCUUCUAUCGAGCACCAGAACCAGUUGCCUCCCGUUCGACCGGUGGAAAUGUCCCAGAUGAGGGCCUCGAUCGAGACUCCAAAUGACAACCGCCGACACACAAUGUACGCGGAGCACAACGCUCCCCCUCCUUACUACGAGCAGCAAAUGCCGCCUCCCCAGCAACAACAACAUUACCUGCCUGUGGACCCUAUGAUUGAUCCUCGCCUUUACUCUGCCCCAAUGGACGGUCAGCCGCCGGCUGGACAUCAUGAGUACCACAACGCCGCCUACAACCAACCCCAGCAACCUUACCCUGGCAUGCCGAUGCAGGGCGGACCGAUGGGACCUGGCCCUCAGCAAAUGCAGCCUGGCUCCUCGUCUCGAAUGCCCUUCACUAACCCUACCCAGGACAGGAGCUCGCCGUUGCCUCCUCUCCGCCCGUCUCGUGGACGGAAGAGCGCUCCUGCCGCACCGGAGAGCAUACCUCCUGAGCCUCAGCAGGUUCAACAACAGCCGCCGCCCCCGUUCAUGAACACCAACAGCGGCUCCUUCUACCCUCCGGGUCCCCCGAGGCCUUACCACAAUGGCUACACCACCGAGCAGCCCGGCAUGCCUAUGAUUCAACCGUACCCUCCGUACCAGAAUAUGCAAGGACCUCCCCCGCCUCAGCAAUCUUACGGUCACCCGGGCAUGUCUCCCACAAAUGCCGCCAUCGCUCCUGCCCAGAGUCCUCCUUCGCUGCAGUUUGUUCAACAGCAGCCCAACGAGCCACACACGAGAAGUCGAGCUGGUAGUGGCUCUUCGACGCCCAGCUCUGCCGGCAACAGCAGAUACCCAAAGCUGGCGCCUGCGCCGAUCCCUCCCCACCGGGUCGGAUGGCCUACUGGACCCGAGCUGCGGACGGUCCAGUACGACUACAAGGAGAACAUCAAGGACUACGCACCGACCGAACCCCCGCCGCGUCGUGCACCCAUCCAAAUCCGUGGCUGGAACAUCAACAACAACAAGGUUCAGCGCCAGCGACCUGAGGAGAACGGAGACGAGCGCCGGGGCUCUCGCUAG